AUGGACGAGAAUGGAUCUGUCUAUGUCAGUGACUAUAAAACCCAUGAAGUGACACGAUAUCGAAGAGGAAAAUCUUCAGGAACGGUGGUUGCCGGUGGCAAUGGGCGUGGAUAUGAUCUCGAUCAACUUUGCGGCCCAUCAUAUGUAUUCGUUGAUCGAGAUCAUUCAGUGUACGUGUCUGAAUGGUGGAGUCAUUGUGUGACGAAAUGGGUACCAGGUGCAAGAGAAUGUAUUGUCGUGGCGGGAGGUAAUGGAAAAGGAAAUGGUUUCAAAGAAAUGUCAUAUCCUAAAGGAGUCGUUGUCGAUCAAUUGGGGACUAUCUAUGUGGCUGAUGGAGGAAAUGCUCGAAUCAUGCGUUGGCGCAAAGGAGCUAUGCAGGGAAGUGUCAUUGUUGGUAGAAACGGUGAAGGAGGACAAUCUAACCAGCUAAAUGGUCCUACCGGUUUGUCAUUUGAUCGACACGUAAUAAAUGUUUUUCUUGAUACAUCAAACUUCUUUUUUGCUAGUGCUGCUAAUGAUGAUAGUGAUAACGAUGAAGCUGAUGAUGAUAAUGAUGAUGAUGAUGAAGUUCAAGAAGCUGAUGAGUCAUUUGUCAAAUCUGUCUACGCAAAAAUUAAAUUAUUUACGAUUGAUUACAUAUCUCAUCAAAUAUUUUGUUAUCAGUGUGAUACAUUUCAUCAAGAACUACCAUGGAUAAAAAAUUUUGAUUCAAAUCAACAAUAUUUCGGUUUAUCACAAGAGGCAUUA